AUGACCGAAAGAAAACGAAACUCAAAUUGGGGAGCAAGGGAUUUUAGUAUGUCGUCGACUGUGGAUGCCGAUAUAUUUUAUAUUGAUUCAAUUAAUUUGGAAAUAAUAAGAUUCAAGUAUGAGUGGGUGUUGGCUCAAAAUCCCAGCAUUGGCUCAGAUACUACGGAAUAG